AUGUUCAAAUCCGCAUCCACAAAAUCCGUUCGUCAAGUGUUGAAGAAGAGUCCACCAACAUCAAGUUUGACGAUUCCAUCAUCAUCUUCGUUUGUUGUUAGAAAUCAUUACGUUUCAAUCAAUCCAACAACCGGAAAGGAAUCCGAGAAGAAGUUUACAAGUUUGAGUAAUGAACAAUUGGAAGAGACGAUUCAAGCAAGUUGGAAAUCAUUUGAGGCUUGGAACCCACAAUUGUAUGGUGUCAAUCCAAAGGAACUCUCAGACCUCAUCAGAUGGCGUUGCGAAUCCGUCAUGAAUCCUCUCGCUGAACUUUUUGAUUCUAAAAAGAAUGAAUUGGCAAAAUUGAUGGCUUUGGAUAUGGGUAAACCACUCGCACAAGGAAUUGCUGAGGCCGAGAAGUGUGUGCUGCUCAUUCGAUAUUAUGCAAAGAAUGCCGAAAGUAUUAUGCGUGAUAGAAUUGUUACAGAGAAUGAAAAGCACAUCAGCAAGGUGGUUUAUCAACCAUUGGGACCAAUUUUGCAAUGUGCACCAUUUAAUUUCCCAUAUUGGCAAGUGAUUCGAUUUUGCAUUCCUGCAAUGCUUGCUGGUAAUACCGUUCUAAUUCGUCACAAUCAUCAAGUUCCUCAAUGUGCAGAAUCUAUUAAUCAUCUUUUCGCAGAAGCUCUUGAUAAGGGUAAUGCACCAAAAGAAUUGAGAAAAAUCUAUCAAAAUGUUUUUCUUGAGAAUGAACAAGUGAGUACUGCGAUUGCUCAUCCAAAAGUCCGUGGAGUUGCUUUCACUGGAAGCACACAAGUGGGUAAAAUUAUUGCCACACAAGCAGCAGCAAACCUUAAAAAACAUGUUUUGGAAUUGGGUGGUGCUGAUGCUUUUAUUGUUCUCAAAGAUGCCGAUUUGGAACUUGCUGUCAAAAAUGCUGUCACAUCAAGAAUUAACAAUUGUGGACAAACAUGUAUUGCUGCUAAAAGAUUUAUUGUUGAGAAGGAUGUUUUGCCCCAAUUCGAAAAGAUGCUUGUCGAGAGAGUGAACAAACUUGUUGUGGGAAAUCCUCUUGAGAACGGUGUUGAAGUCGGACCAAUGGCAAGAAAGGAUCUUAGAGACAAGUUGGAUGAACAAGUUCAACUCUGCAAACAACAAGGAGCUAAAGUGUUGACUGGAGGAUUCAAAUUGAAGGACAAGGAAGGAUGGUUCUACGCACCAACUGUGUUGAGUGGUGUCACACCAGACAAUUUUGCUUUCCAAAAUGAACUUUUUGGCCCAGUUUUUGUAGUCAUUGCUGCCGAGAAUGCAGAUCAUGCCGUGAGUUUGGCAAACGAUAGCAUUUAUGGACUUGGUGGAAGUGUGUACUCGAGGGAUUGGAAGAAGGGAAUGAAAUAUGCUGAAAAAUUAGAAUGUGGCCUAGCAUUUGUGAAUGGAAUUGUAAGAUCGAGUCCAGAUCUUCCAUUUGGAGGUGUCAAAGAGAGUGGAUACGGACGAGAGUGUGGACCUGAGGGAAUGUUGGAAUGGUGCAAUGUAAAGACCAUGUCCAUUGAAAAGUAA